AUGGCUUCGGAUCCCGACGACCCUCCAGCCCUCCGCUUCCUCGACGGCCUCCUGCCCUGUUCCUUUCUCCUCUCAACCUUCGGCUCCCUCAUCACCUUCACCGCCGCUGUGGGCAUCUACGGCGGCCCGCGCCGGUACUUUGACGAGAUCCAGGUCUUCAUCGCCCUCGCUUGGUUGUUCUUCACUCUCUCCCUGGCCGUGGCGACCGUGACCGGCAUGGCCUUGACCUUCCACAGACGACAUGUGCGAGACGCCUUUGAACGCGGAUACAAGGCCUGGCGCGGCGGCGCGGGCAGUCGGACGGCCGGGGAGAGGUCGGUGGUCUUUGGCAUUGUGGUGCUGGGUUUGGGGGGUUUGUGGUUGAUGUUGCUGCAGUGUCUGGCCUUUGUGUUUCUGAGUCUCUCGGUCGCCGCAUAUUGUCUGGGCGUCGGGUGGAUUGGGUUUGUCGUCUCGGCCGGCAUGAUGAUUCUUACCGUGGUGUUUUGGGUUCUGAUGGGCCAGUGGGGUUGA